UGAGCGAUAAGGCCGAUAAUGGAGCGAAUAUUCGAAUCACAAAGGAAGGCCAAUCCUAAUGAAGUGCCAAAUGUACCGAUUUACGAUUACAUUUACGAAAAACUAUGCAACACUAAAAUGCAGAGUUCCACCAAGCCGUGGGUCAUCGACUCAAGAACGGGCAAAGAGGUGCAAUUUUGCGACAUUGAUCCUGUCUCAAAGAAAAUUGGCAGCGCCCUGACCCGUCUGGGCUUCAAAAAGGGCGAGUACUUGCACUUCGCAACUUAUGAAACUGCGCAGCUUUAUCUGGUCCAGCUUGGGAUAUGGAGAAUCGGAGGAGUAGUUCGCGGUUGCUUUCAAAACGAGUCGGCGGAGGAGUUCGCAAGGCAAAUAAGCGAGAGCAAAGCACGAUUUGUCCUUGCUGAUGAGGAAACGUUGCCAAGGAUGAGGGAAGCGGUGGCGAAUUUGGAUUGGAAAGUUACAGUAAUCGUUUUUUCCAACGGGCCUGUUGAGAAUGCUGUCACCGUCAACAGUUUGAUGCAAGAUGAUGGAACUGCUUUCCCUGUCAAGGUGGACAUUGAUCCGGACAACGACAUAUUUGCAGUUGCAAACACGAGUGGAAGCACUGGAUUGCCCAAAGGAGUUGUUCAAACUCACAAAUGUGCUGUUGCGCUCCUAACCAAAACAAAUUGCAUGCCCUUCUUUGAUCAGCAAUCUGUCAUUACGCCUAUGAACAACUUUCCUAUUGGAGUCUACAUGGCGACGAUAGGCUCCAUCGCAAACGGUUGCCAAGUGGUGCACUUGGGCAAAUACGAAAGGGAGCAGUACUUUGACCACCUGCUAAAAUACAAACCGGGAACCGCGGUGAUGUACCCGUUCAUCGCAAUCUGGUUCGCCAGACACGAAAACUUGGACAAAGUGGACCUCAGCUUCUUAAAGGUCAUAAUUUGCAGUGGCGCUAUGAUAGAUCCAACGACUAUGAACAUACUGGCAAAGAAGCUGCCUCACGUCGAAGUGAAGCAGUUGUAUGGGCUUACUGAAUGCUUUUCAAUUGCAAACACAGAAGACCUGCCAGGCGUGAAAACUUCCAUGGUUGAAGGCAAAGAGUACGUCUCCGCCGGGAAACUCACACCCUACGUGAGAGCGAAGAUUGUAGAUUUAAACACAAGAGAGCCACUAGGUCCUUACCAAAUUGGAGAAAUCACAGUCAAGUCCAUCAUUGUCAUGAAGGGCUACUUAUCCAAAGACUCUCCCAUACCCCUUCGCCCAAACAUCGAUUCAGAGGGGUGGCUGAGCACUGGAGACGCAGGAUUUUUUGAUAAUGACUCUAAUCUGUAUGUCACCGAAAGACUUAGCUUCGUUUUCAAAUACAUCAUGUAUUUUGUUUCUCCAUCAGAAAUCGAGUCUAUUUUGCAACAGCAUGAUAAGGUCCUUGAAGCCGGAGUUGUGGGGGUGCCUAACCCUGAGACCACCAAUCUGGCCAGGGCAUUCGUCGUCAAGAAAGGAGAAGUCUCAGAGAAAGAGUUGUGUGACUUUGUAGCCGAGAGGCUGCCCGUUUACAAGCACCUGCAUGGCGGAGUGCGAUUCGUACAGAACUUGCCAGUCGGAAAAACAAGCAAAAUUGAUAGAACGGCGCUCAAAAAACUAGCUAUUGAGAUGAAUUAGACGGUGAAUAGCACAAUGAAAUUCGACGUCAUUUAUUUUACGA